AUGUUAUCUACCACAGCCGUGCCGACUCAACGGAACGCCGUUGCCAUCCUGGGCGCAGGGACGCAGGGCAGACGCUUGGCCUACAUGUGGUCAAGUCUGGGGAACGAAGUUCACUUAAUUGAUGGGCAAGAAAGACAGUUGGAAGAUGCCGUGCAGGCCGUGGAUGAUUUCCGAGCCGAGCGCGACUCGCCCGACUCGAAGAAGGGCCAGAUCAUCACCCACUCACCAAGCCAACUGAGCCAAGCCCUUGGCAACUCAUGGCUUGUCGUCGAGUGCGUGCCAGAGAAGCUGCCACUCAAGCAGGAGGUCAUUUCACAGCUGGAUGCCGUGGCACCAGAAGACAUCAUCAUCGCGUCAAACUCGAGCAGCUACUCGAGUGCCGAGAUCAUCAAAGGUCUAGACUUGAGACACAGUGGCCGCGUCCUCAGUGCGCAUACUUAUUGGCCCCCUGAGACUCCAGCCAUCGAGAUCAUGGGCCACGAGGGAACACACGCGCCCUUCAUUGAUCUCAUGAUGAAGCGGUGCGCCGAGCACGGCUUCGACCCAUUCCACGUCCGGAGCCAGUCAAUGGGUUACUUGUACAACCGGAUAUGGGCGGCAAUCAAGAGAGAAGCUCUUCUAGCUGCCUCAGAGGGCGCCGGGACGCCUGAGGAGCUCGAUGCAAUUUUCAAGGGCGUGCUGAAGACUCCAAAGGGCCCCUUCGAGCAGAUGGAUAUUGUUGGGCUGGAUGUUGUCCUGGAUAUCGAGGAGCACUACGCGGAGGCGAGGAGCGACAUCCCCGAGGGGCCUAGGGCCUUUUUGAAACAGUAUUUGGACAAGGGGCACCUGGGAGUGAAGAGUGGCAAGGGAUUUUAUGAUUAUGGAAAUCAACACAGGCUGUGA